UCAAUGCACAACGACUUCGUAGCAUCUGUCAUACUCUUCUUGCAUUCCAUGAAUCAUUUCGACGACAUGUUCUAUGUAAGAGUGAUGUUGCUCUAAAAGAACCAACACCCAAUUCGAGACAAAUGGCUAUGGCAUUGGAAUUCUAUUUACAAAUCGAUGUGGAUUUAUUCUAUAUGAAAACUUGUUCGUUUCGAGGAGCUCAACCUCCAUCUAAUAUAGAAGGUCUAUUUUGUGGAAGAGAUGAACCUCAAGCAAGAUAUUCAUUGGUUCCAUGUGAUAAUCUUUUUUGUCAAUGUUGUCUUCCAUUAAAUACUUACAAGAAAAGUCAACCAUGGUCAAUUGUUAAUUUUGCUUCAAGUUCAAUGCAUCGAUUUCUCAAUGGUUAUACUACCUAUCUCAAUUGUCCAGUAACAUGUACUACAUCGAAUAUAAUUUAUGCCAUGACAUGUCCAUGUGGUCAUUAUGAUUAUAUUGAUUCAACAGCAAAAACAUUGGCUGAUGUUAUGGCUUAUCAUCGAGAACAUGGCAAUCGAAUUAUACAUGAAAAAUUAACUGGUAGUCCUCUAUUUCGAGGAUCACAAAUCGAUCCUAAUGAAAGAGAAAAAGAAAUGGCUAAUCAAAUGCGUCUCUAUCAACAUUCAGCUCGUUGUCCAGCAGUACUUCAUUCAUUUCUUGAUUGUAAUCCUAUGUAUUGGUGUUUUAUUCCUCUACCUUGGGAUGAAGCAGUAACAGAAAAUGUUGCUAAUCGUCCAGGAAAUUCUACUACAGAUCCCAAUCUGGAUGCUGUGAUAGCAAC